UCUUGGUUUUCUUUCUCCAUCUCAAAUCCUUUCUUAUUCUGGUUUUCUUUCAUAUGUUUGCAAUUUAGAUCUGAAAAAAAAAAAUCUUUUUUUUUCCUGGUUUUCUUUCUCCAUCUGAAAAAUCCUUUCUUUUUCUGAUUUUUUUUUUCAUAUGUUUGCAACUUAGAUCUGUAAAUCCUUUUUUUUUUCCAUUCUUUUCCCCUGAUUUUCACAACUCCAACGUAUUUGGGCUUUUCAGUUGGGAGGGAGAAAGAGAAAGGACUCAGGGAAAAGAGACUCUCCCUAUUUUGUCUGUUUUCUGCUCAUCCUUCUUCCUCUCAUCUCUAUCGAGUAUGGGUUGAGAGGAGCCUGAUGGAUGAUUUUUUUGAAGGCAUUCCAUUUGGUGGUAGAUCCAUGACCCUUCCUAGAGCUCCGACUGCCAGGGAGUUUGCAAACCUGACUGGUAUCACCAUUGCGGCCGGUCAGACACACAUCCUCCUAGGGGAGAUUAGUGUUCGAUGGUGAAAAGUCGGCUUGGGGGAGAACCCAGGCAAUAUGUCACAGGUGGCCCAUUCCUUCUUGCUAUUUGUUGUGGGUUAGUGCCUCUUCAGCGACCUCCGAGAGGGAGUGGAUAUCCGUUUGGUGUACUUCCUUCGAGAUCUUCGUAUAGUAGACUCUUGGGAUUGGGGCGGGGCUGCCUAUGCAUAUCUCCUGCGAUCCCUAGAUAUGCUGUCCUAUGGAGACAGGGGCCUCAAGGGGGUAGGUUUCAUUAUUCAGUGCUUUGAGCACUUGGGGACCAUAGCUCCCAAACUGAGGGACCCUGAGGCAUUCUUCUUCCCUAUAGCCAUGAGAUGGGGAGAUAAUCAAGUGCUCAGGGCUCGACGCCAUCCUCCGGGGAUCAUCGCUCGUUCUCUUUUGAAAGAUCUCACCAAGGUUACUUGGAGACCAUUCAAUGACCUCAUAUUUCUAGAUCUUGAAAGAUUAGCCUUGGUUAAGCACUUAUCCAAGCACCGAGUCCUUUUUCGGGGAAUGUGGGGUGACACCUGGUGUUUGGGAGAGAGAAUAGUGCCCCAGUGGUCGGAUAUCGAGCCACGCCCUUCUCCCAAUCUUCCUCCACCCACUAUGCACUGCCCAGAGAUCAUCCCAUCAGAUGAGAUCAAGCAUUUGGGUGGCGGAGUAUGGGAUGACUUAUUUCUGGAUUAGGAUAGGGACUAUAGGGCCUUCUUGGAGGAGGAGACAGUAUGCACCCUCUUGGUCCUGAUGGUCGAGUGAUAUGUUACCCUUUCUUGAGUAUUUCCUUCAAAUCCAUUUCUGUUUUGGUCUUGACUGAUGUUCUUUCAAGGGAGAGUGAGACAUGUAGAUCCUUUUGCUAUUCGGUCGCAUGCCAGUGCUACCGAUCCUUCACAAGUAGGACCCUCUAUCAGUGCUGGUGGGUCUCUCAGGGUUGCUAACAUCCCCUUUCAUGGCUUCUCUGCCUGGACCUAUCUCACCGCAGCCAACCCUAGUCUCCCUCAUCUUCUGGAGCAUGACACAGAUGUAGACGCUUCUCGGGGGCUGCCUAUUUUUAUGAUUAUGUGAAUAUCUGAUCAUCAUUCAAUUAACUCUUGACUUCCUUUGGCUGAUAUGUUAUUUCUCAAGUUUCCCGUGAGGUCUAUUCUAAGAUUAGUAGGAAGCACUAUGGCCUAUGCGAGGUGAUAGUUGCCAAGGAUCGGGCGAUCGCACGGCAGGAUGCACUGAUUAAGGACCUGACCCAGAGGCUAGAGCAGGCUGGACUAGCAUUUGUGGAUUCCCCGGUGCUCAAUGAGGAUGGUUUAGAGUACGGCUUAGAUGAUGGCUUUUGACUUAUAGGGAUUUGUUCCUGCAUUUAUUGAAAACACAAACACAUGGAUAUUUUCUUUCUUUUUUCUUUUUCCCUCCCCUUGUUUGUUCAU